AUGUCAGAGUCAAUGGAGUUGAUGUGCUCAGUGAACAUCGACAUGUUCAACCUUCUGUUUUGUGUUUCCGAUGUGACGAAACAUCACUACGUGGACAGGCACGAGCGCACGUGCUGCCAGAACGCCACGUGCGGCGUCGUGUUCGGCCUGACUCUCCUUCGGCGGCCGCAUCAUUGUCACAGAUGCGGCGAGGUGUUCUGUCGGAACUGCCUCUGCUUCGCAAGGAAGUUGGACGCUUCGGCACAACCGGAUGUAAACGGCACACCCUGCAAGGUGUGCUACACGUGUUUCUCGGAAGGAACGUACAAUCAGGUCGGUGUAACUCGAUCCCACACUGAAUAUUUCUCGAGUAUGCGCGGUAUAUCACGCAAGGAUCGUCGUAAGACCGAGUGCGAAGUUAUCUUGGAACAUACUCACGGGCAAAAGAGAUUCUGGAAAGACCAGUGUCAAGUUGACUACCAAAAGGAGUGUCUCCGCCUGCUCCAGGGUUUCCAUGACAGCAUCGGUACCUCGCACGUGCUCCGGACCCUGGGCGAGAUCAGGGGAUACGUUGACGUGCCCGGCUGGCAAAGAUCCACGUUUUGGGAGUUGGAGACGAGUGUGCACUUUUGUCGAGCAUGUGGCAAGAAACUUGACCGCGUCAAGCAUCGUAACUGCCGGGUCUGCGGGCUAGCGCUUUGCAAGGCGUGUGCGCACAAAGAGUUGCUGGUAUUUUAUGAGGACAGUGGAUCAUUAGAAAAAGCUAGGUUGGCCAUUAUUCGUGUACAAGGGGCCCCGGUGAAAGAACCGAAGUAUUCCGUCCUCUUGCGGAUCUGUGCACAGUGCAAGGGGGAGCUAACUAGGCGACAGUUGCGGAACCAGGACUGGUACAUGUGUAAGAAAGAAUUCCAACGAAAAGAGAGCGCAGCAUUCGAGUCGGUCUUGCACUUCGACGACCACUUCCGGGAUCUCACGGACCGCAUCAACGAGGCAUUCGAUAGCAUGAUACAAGACAAUGCAAACAGGGACGGUGAUAGCAUAGGCACAUGCGAAUCUUUUGACGAAUUAAACCUGGAUUUCGAUAAAAUCAGCUUGGGAAACAUUGCUACCCGGUUGAAGGCCAGACUGGACUUUUAUAAUCAGACGAAGAUGAGACUCGGCAGGAUGAACAUCAGAAACGAAUCAUCAGACAUCGAAGUUAGCAUUCAGUGA